AUGCACGUCAGCCUUCAGGGGGACACGAGUGUUUAUGACAAAGAGUUUACAGAUGACCCUAUUGAAAUGCAAGCACCUUUGGUGGGGGUUGUCACAGGGAUUCACCCGGAGCAUUCUGCAGGGACAGUUGCCCAGAAGGGGCAGCACCGCAAUGCCAAGAGGCAGAUCGAUGGGCUGGAGGAGAAGCUGUCACAGUGUCGGAAAGACCUGGAAGCUGUAAACUCCAGGCUCUGUGGGACGGACCUGAGCCCAGAGGCCAGGAAGUCUCUGGAGAAGGAGAAAAACAGCCUGAUGAACAAAGCCUCUAACUAUGAGAAGGAGUUAAAGGUGCUUCGGCAGGAGAACCGGAAGAACAUGCUGCUCUCUGUGGCCAUCUUUAUUCUCCUGACCCUCAUCUACACCUACUGGACCAUGUGAGCCUGAGACUUCUCCACAGUCAGCACGGGGUUCCUCCUCGGUCCCCUGGUCACAACCAAGCAGGCCCUCCAAGCCUCAGGACAAUCAAGGUACAGGCGUAUUUCUCCCCGACCCCGACACUGGAUCAGGGCUGCCAGCCCAGCCCCUCUUCACUCCUGGUCCUGCUGUGGGGCCUGGGUCU